CGGGGGCCGGGGUUGCAUCCUGAAGAGAGCGACGGUCGUCGGACGACAGCGAGCGACAGUCGUCCACCGUUGUGUAGUGUUUGUGUGAGUUGUUUGUGCCGCGGCUGGCACGGAAAAACCGAGAAGACGUCGAAGUGGAGAAGUGCGUGUGACCCAGUGCGACCUGCAGAGUGUGCGUCCUGCCGACGAGGAGGAGGUUGGUGGAAGAGGACAGACCUAGAGGCAGCAGCAGGAGGAGGAGUCGGCGACAGCGGCAACAGGGAGGCGGAGGUUGCAAAGGAGCCAGGCCAACCCAGCCACGGUUUCGGCGAGCAUGGCGAACCCUAGGAAGUUCAGUGAGAAGAUCGCGCUCCAUACGCAUCGCCAGGCCGAGGAGACAGCCCGGUUCGAGCAGAUCAUGAAGGAGGUGUCCGAUGCAACAGCCAGGGUGAACAAUGAAAAGGAACCGGUGAAAAGUACGCUGCGUAUCAGCAGCCAGGCUCUGGGCUCGUUCAGGGGCGGUUCUUUGCCCAACGUUUCUGCACAAAAUGCUGAGGGUACUCCAACUCAUACCGCUGAUAAGACUGACAAAAAGCCGGAUGAGGUGUCGCAUUCGCACACCAAUGUGCACUUCAGGGAAAGCAGGGCCAGAUCUCAGGGCGGUCCAAUUAGGAGACCGCAGGAUAGGAAACACGACACGUCUCCUUAUUCCAGUGGACCUUUCCUCAGCCCUCCACCGGAUACUAGCUGGAGGAGGACCAACAGUGACUCGGCUCUUCAUCAGAGCGCCAUGCAGGGAAUGAACACGGAAAGGAACGAUAGCACAAAUAGUCGCUGGAUGGUGCCAGCCGUCAAUGGACCCGAGCAUCACGACAACAGACGACCUAGGUCCAGCUGUGAAGUGCCUCGUGUUCCCGGUAUCAAUAUUUAUCAUACAGCGCACGAACCAGGAACAAUACAAAUCCCAAUUGGAAACAAUACGGGAUCAUUGCCAGAUCUCACAAGUGUACAUUUCCCUUCACCUAUACACGCACCCCUUGAUCAAGAACACGAUCAGGGGAGUUCACCUUAUAGUUCUAGUCCUGUAAAUACAAGUCCAUCGACGUUAUCACCAACGAGUAUCCUGCCAGGCGCCCGACAGCAAACUGGGCGUUUCCCAUUUAACACCCCUGUAUCAACGCAUCAGAACCAUUUAUCAGUCCCAGUUAACUCUAGGUACAUGCAUCGUAAUAAGGUUGUCGUGGAUAACAAUUCAACGAUAGAUAAUCAAGACUUUACACUCAUGAGGGGGAUGAACGUGUACCAGCAGCCCGUACCUCCAACAUCACCGUCGCCUACCUUGCAGCAAAUUGCUGGAUACAGAAGUCCUCGUCCCAACCCGCAAUUGUCGCCCAGUCUAGGAGGAAGACAUUCGGCACCUGGAAGCCCCGGUGCCCCAAGUCCUCUCAGCGAUUAUCAAAUUUACAAUCAACACGAAACGGCACAACUGCAACAACACUUCAACAGGAUUUCAAUGGGAGUGGACUGGGCACAGUUGGUAGCCAGUCUUAUGGAAUCUGGAUGUACUUGGAGUGCGCAGGUUCAGAUGGAUACGCCGGUGAGUAGCGUCUCGUAUAUGGAACCAGGAAACGUUCAACUGACGCAAAGCCAGUCUCAGAUCUUACCAGAAGUCUCGACGGAGUUGGCUGGUGAUGCUGGUUACUAUAGUACCUCACCAUCGCAAUUAGUAUACCAGACAAACCCGCCGAGUCUUCAUACUACGCCAAAUACUCCAACCAGUAUACCUGAUAUUGUGCUAACCGAUUUCUCGUCUGCAGACGAGCUGUCCAGACAGGACAUGGCGCUGACGAAACAGAUAGAGGCUGAGCUUCUGGCCAACGAGAAUGAGCUCCGCGAAGGUCUCGAACCUCUGGACUUUGACAGCAUGCAGAUGCUCUCCGAUACAGGGAUAAACUUGAUACCGGACAGCGUCGAAGAUCACUUCAGGCUAGAUAGGUCGUAACAGUAAGUGAGGGAGUCACAUCACACAGCUACACUGUCCUUCCUCCAACCGAUACAUAGAGACCAUCUACAAUUUGGAAAGGACGCAGUAGUACACGAAGACAACGCCAAGAAUAAGCGAACGACGAGGGAGAUAAAUUUCUAGUAAUUUGCAGGAUUUCACUGCCGAUUGCAUUACAUUUGAACGAAAAAGAAGACGAAAUGUAAAACAGAAAGAAAAGAAACAAGUAUAACAAUUUAAAUCUUUGGAGUAAUCUGUUUUUGUAAGAAUUCUAAUCGUUCCGAACAACCGUGGGUGCGAGUGAAUGAGAAUGAGAGUGAAUGGCUAUGUCGUAUAUGGUUAUUCUUUUUUGGAGUCAAUGAAAGAGGAGUUAUGGCAACAGAAA